AUGGACCUUAGUUCUAUAAAUACGGCUUUGGGGUUAACGCGGAGAGACGAGGAGAAGCCUCAUGCCCGUUUCGAAGGAUUAGGCACCUUUUGGAUCGUGUUCUCGACAGUCUGGACCGUCCUCUUGGUUGCUGGCAUGGUAUUUCUCUAUCGUCGACGUAAUAUGCCAAUCCUUAGAAUUCGCGGCCUUCUUCUUUCGUUUAGUGCUGUUGUUCUACUCCAUUUCUACUGGCUCGCCGUUCAGUGGGUUUACGUCGUCGCGCUUCUCUUCCCGCCCACUAUUGAGUUCUGGAUCAUGAGCAUCUGGCUUCCAUUUGGCGUCGCUUUAUUCCAUGCUUCCAAUAGUCGCUUCCUUUACGUUGCUAAAUCUCAAAAGAAGUUGUUCGCUGGCGAUAAUGCUGGGCCAAAGUCAGAACGAGUUCAUAAACGUGGCCUGGUUGGGCGUUAUUGCAGGCUCGAUUAUACCAUUAGAAUGCUGGUCCUUGUCGGCCUUGGUAUGCUAUUCCAGCUCCUCUUAACUAUCUUCAUGUUCCUCGUUUCGCGCAAGUUUCACAACUCGUUUGGAAUUCCCGGCACAGAGGUUACUGGCACAGACUCGCAGCGAAUGGCAGCAGCCCGUAAAGGUUGGGAAUGGUGGCCUUCUAUUGUUUGGCAACUAGUCUGGGCUUGGGUUAUCGCUCCAAUUAUUCUAUGGAAGUCUCGAAACAUCCGCGAUACCCUAGGAUGGAGAGUUCAAACCAUUGCAUGCUGUUUGGCUAACCUCCACGCCGCUCCAAUGUGGCUUAUCGCUCUCUAUAUCCCUGCCAUGGCACCCGUUAAUAGUGUUUUCGUUCCUCCUCAAUGGAUCGCCCUCUCCAUUAUGAUUCUUGAGAUCCUUACUAUCUUCCUUCCCUGUUGGGAGGUCCUCAAACACCAGUCCCUUCAACAAGAAACUCUCGAUAUUAUUGCUCACUGGGAGUCUAACAAGACCCUAGCCCAAGGCAGCGCGAAAUCUAUUACCACUAGAUCGACGACGCUGGCAGGCUCGUCGCGGACUGCUAGGUCUAUCAGAAGUCAGAUCUCUAAUGAAAGUAUUUUUACUAUGGGGGCUCUUGAAUAUGUCCUUGAAUGCAACCCAGAGCCCCUUCAACAGUUUUCUGCCCUUCAUGACUUUUCCGGCGAGAAUAUUGCUUUCCUUAGAGCUAUCACCGAGUGGAAGUUAUCUCUUCCUGCCUCUAUCCGAGAUCCAAAGAGCCGAGAGAAUUCCGCGGCUCAAGAACUUGUCUAUGAACGAUUCAACAGCGCGCUUCGCAUCUAUGUUAACUUUAUCAGCGCUCGAGAUGCCGAAUUCCAGGUGAACCUCUCAUCUCAAGACCUACGAAAGCUCGAGAAUGUAUUUGAGGCAUCGGCUAGGACUCUUUAUGGAGAGAAACGCGCAGUAGACCCCGCUCUGCCCUUCGAAUCAUUCAUGAUGACCUCACCAGCCAAUGUCAACUCUUCUGGUGCGUCUGCCCAUGGAUCCGAAAACGGAAUCAUCACUGCUUCAAUAGAAGUUAGUGAUAGGGCUCUCUACUGGGGAGAUAUCCCAGAGGAUUUUGAUAGCAGCAUCUUUGAUGAUGCUGAGGCCAGUAUCAAAUAUCUGGUCUUGACAAAUACUUGGCCUAAGUUCGUCAAGGACAAGCACUGUUCUUUAGCAUCUACCGACAACCUGGAGUCGGGAAACGUUAUCCUCACCACUAGGUCUAAAUAG